GCCGACAGGAUGAUUGUUUUUUGAAGGAGCUCCGGAGGUACUUUGAAUUGAGUGAAGGGAGUCGAGUAGCAAACGUCGACUCAGCUCACAGCACGUGUGCCAGUUUAGUUUGUCUUUACUAAAGAUUAGGUAGACACUGGUGUUGUGGUCUAAUGUUGAUGAAGUGUUAGCCCGUUUUCCUUUGUCUUUUUCUAUGAAAUAAGUAGAAGUUAAUUACCACCUAGGCAAUGGCAUGCGAUACAGGCAGCUCCACGUCUCUCGAGCAACACCUAAAAGAAUCGUCUCUGAAGCUCACCACUGAAGAGUUUGCUGCUUAUUUGGAUUCUCAUGAUGAGCUCUCCCAUCUACGAAAGGAGUUUAUUGUGCCGAAAAACAAGAACCGGAGUGACUACGGUGGCGACAAGCCGGAGGGUGAAUCAACUUAUCUUCUAGGCAACUCCCUGGGGUUACAACCAGUGAAAACGCGUGCCACAGUAAAUGAGCAAUUAGAUAAAUGGGCCAACAUUGGCAUAGAGGGUCAUUUCAAAGACCCGUACCCUUGGUACCCGAUUGGGGAGACGGCAGCUGACCGUAUCCUGCACGUGGUAGGUGCUAAGAGUCGACGUGAGGUGGCUGUUAUGAACAGUUUGACAGUGAAUGUUCAUCUAAUGCUAGUUGCCUUCUACCAGCCAACUGAAACGCGUCACAAGAUCGUCAUCGAGAGUACAGCUUUCCCGUCCGAUCGCUAUGCCGUUGCUUCGCAGAUCAAACAGCGGGGGUUUGAUCCCAAGACGUCCCUUAUCGAGUUGAAGCCAAGCCAGGAUGGUGAGUUAGUGACGCGCACUGAGGACAUCGAAGACCUGCUCGAGAGAGAAGGCGACAGCAUUGCUGUUGUUAUGCUUGGCGGUAUUCAGUUCUUCACCGGCCAGCUGUUCGACAUGAAGCGCAUCUCGGAGCUAUGCCACGCGCAUGGUUGCUACGCAGGUUUUGACUUGGCUCACGCUGCCGGAAACGUCCCACUCUACCUUCACGACUGGGAUGUGGACUUCGCUUGCUGGUGCUCAUACAAGUAUUUAAACUCCGGCCCUGGUGGGAUCGCCGGUGCGUUCAUGCACGAUCGUCACAGCGAGAACUUUGACCUGAAUCGCUUUGCUGGAUGGUGGGGCAAUGACCCGGACAAAAGGUUCGAGAUGACACACGACUUCCAGCCUCUGCCGGGCGUCGCCAGCUUUCAGCUAUCCAACCCUCCUGUCCUGGAGACAGCGUCGCUGCUUGCCAGCUUGGAUGUCUUCAGUCUGACGAGCAUGGAAGCGCUGCGGAAGAAAUCCCUGCUGCUCACCGGCUAUCUCGAGAGCUUGCUGUGUGAGCUGCUUGGCUGCGAACGUGGUCCAUCUGUAACUCAACAAACUGCCCAAGAGCCGCAUGCUAAGCGGGCUAGCUGUUCCGUCAAAAUUCUUACACCUCGUGAGCCGGAUCAUCGCGGCUGCCAGCUAUCGCUGAAGUUCUCAUGCCACAUCAAUGCAAUCGAAGAUGCACUGGCUAGGCAAGGAGUUGUGGUUGAUGGGCGGAAACCGGAUGUUAUCCGUGUUGCUCCAGUGCCCAUGUACAACACGUUUUCUGAUGUUCACCGCUUCGUCACCACUUUGAUCAGUGCUAUGGAGAGCACUAGGGCGGAGAGCAGUCAGUGAUCAUGCUGUCUUGGAAUUGUGUGUGCGUGCGUGUGUGCAUGCAUACGCUUGGAGUUUGGUGUCAUCUGUGUUGUGUGUAUUUAGGAGCGCAUUCAAAGCUGCACCCUUUGGAUUUUAUUUGCCGAAGUAGUGCCGUGGACCUCAUACCUUAGAAGUUAGAGGGGCAUUAUUUACGUCAUUAUUUACGUCUAUUAAUUCGGCUUUCUGGACAACAGUCCUAUAUUAUUUCUUUUGGUCUUGACAAUGAACACUUAUUUGAUUAUGAAGAAUAUAGUCUCGUGACACAAUGAGAUAAUAUGCUGGCCUCUUGCAGCCUAUUGGGGGAAACAGUUGACAAUCAAUUUGUCACUGCCCAUGGCAGUUUUUAUAUCCCCUGACUUCUGCGUUAUCAGCCUAGCCCAAUAUUUGAACUUGUAGUAGGCAUUCAGUCUUGUUUUUUUCUGAUCCUUUUUUUUUAGUUUGUGUGGAAAGUACCUGUAUGUGAAAAUAGAAGUCGAGUUUAAGCCUCA